CAUUAUAAUUAAGAUAAUGCCAAUCUAUAAAGACUACCCUCUUCUGGCUUUCUACAUUUUGUCCAUAUUUAUGAUAGUGAAUGCGAUUGGUCAAUUAUAUACGACAGAAUCACAGUUCGAUGACCUUAGAUCGGAAACAGAACUGAUAUCCGAAGAUGACAGUCAAUCUCUCUCGGACUGCGCUUUUCUGUGUAAACACCACUGUCAUUGCUUUGGGUUUAAUUUGAUUGUCAAAAAAUGUCGUCUGCACACAUACUGCCUCAUGGAAGAAAUGAACUCACCAGAACCCGGAUGGAAGUAUUACUGCACAGGUUAUACUCUACCAAAGGAUUGUCAGGAGUAUUAUAACAAUGGCCACACUCAGUCAGGAGUAUACGGCAUAUCUCCAUACAGAAAACGAUGUCACGUGGUCUAUGUUUUUUGUGAUAUGGUAACGAAUGGCGGUGGAUGGACGGCAAUUCAAAGACGGAGGAGCGGAUCUGUAAGUUUUGACAGGACAUGGGUGGAUUAUAAGAGAGGUUUUGGGGAGACAGAAACAGCUUACUGGAUCG